AUCUCCUCUCCAGCCCGUCGGAAGCCGAAGGCUCGUUCCUGCUUCGGGGGUUCGGCGCUGUGGGUGCUGCGGCGUUGCUGGGCUCUCCUCCACUUCGUGUAGCGAAAGCUUUGGUCGUUGCUUAGUUUGUUCUCGCGUUUCUUCAGCGCCUUCCCUUCUAACCUGGCUUUGUACCAGAGGGACUUCUUCGGGGCAGGAGCUGAAGAACUGGCAGGUCCUUGCCCAGCUGCCGACGGCGUUAGGAGAGAGGGAUUGGCUGCUAAGAAGCCGGAGCUGUUUGUGGAAGGAGGAUGAUUUGUCAGUGCCCUGAAAAGCAGUACCGACGAGGGAAGGAUCGCAGUUUUUGCUUUGCUCUUGAAAGUCUUCCUUGAAUGUGCCCUGUCAUGUGGCCCGGAGUGGCUGGAAAGCACCAGGAAUGUGUCAUGAAACGUCUUGUUUGUAAGCAUAUACGUAAGGAAUGCUCUUGGCACACCGUGAUCAGUUACUUUGGCCUAAACAUCGAUUGCCUCUUGUAAAAACCUAAAUGGCAGCUCAGAAAAGGAAGUCUGCGUUAGUAGAGCCGUCUGCUAAACGUCCCAGGCUGGACAAGAACAGCAGACCAUCAUCAGCAAAGAAGGAGAAAGAGGUGUCAGAUGCAAAACAUGUUUCAAAUAAAUCGAACUCUAAUCAGUGUGCAGUGCAGGAGAAAACUGUACUCAGAACCUCUGUCAAAUCAAACAGUGUCAAUGCAAAUGAAUGUGAACUAGGAACACGCAUGACUACAAGGUCGUCGGGAUUCAAUUCAAAUAGUAAAACAGUACCUGACAAAAAGGUCCAACAGCAGCCCAAAUCCACAAAAAGUAAAGAGGUGUGCCAGAAAAAAACUGUGCAAGAAAUUCCUAGGUCAAAAUGCAUAACUGCUCCAGGUGAGCCUGGUGCGAGGAGAUCACAGAGGCUGCAGCAGCUAACACACGUAGAAGAGUCUGCACGAUCCCUUCGCAGCAGAGAAGUUAAAGAAGGAAAAGCUUUGGAUGUGAAACAGAGUAGCCAGGCGAAAAAACCUGCUCACAAUGUUGCACCGAAAGUGCUUAAGCCUGCUGGAGAGAAAGCAGAGCAGAAAAAUACCAAAAUAAAGUCAAACAAUGCAGAAGAUAAAGAAACACAUGUAGAAGUGACCAGCUCUCCGAAAGAGAAGAAGUGUAAGGCAGACAAGAAAAAUGAUAAUUCAAAAAGCCUUCAACGUAGCGUUGAGGACUCGUCGUUAUGUCCUGAUGACGACCUUGAAGGAGUUAAGAAAGACCAAAAAGACCCUGUAUCUCCAAUUCCUAGCAGCACAAAGAAAGUGAAAGUAGAUUCUCUGAAGCCAAAUUCUAAGACAGUAACUAAGGAAAAGCAGCAAGCGCACCAGAACGUAAAAGGCAGUAUCAAGGCAAACAAGGUUUCACAGCCAUCUGUAAGUGAAACAAAAGUAGCUGAUCAACCCGAGAGUGAUGUGAAAUCCAAAAGGGUGAGCAUCCUUGAACUUUGUGAAGAAAUUGCGGGUGAAAUUGAGUCAGAUACAGUCGAGGUGAAAAAAGAUUCCCCUAAUGCUGAGUGUAGUAAAACAGAAGAAGAAAAGCAUGCUGAAGUACAGCUGCAACAAAGUGAAACGCUUACUCAGAAAGAACCUGCUCAAAGUACUCAGUGCAAACGUUUUUUCCCUAGCAAAAAAGGAAUGCCUGUCAAGUGUACUUUGAAUGGUAGAAGUAACUCCUCAAACAAAAACUCUAAAUGGACCAAAAUCAAAUUACUGAAAGCUAAUAACGUGAAGCAGACUAACUUAAAUUCUGUUAAUGCUCCCAAGCUUUCUUUGUUAAAAAAUUUCCCUGAAGUUUCAGAGGCAAGUCAAAUAGCUACAGAAGCACAGCAUUCUAAGGCAGAAGGUCAGCUGCCAGUGACAAGACUGUCUGAGAAUGAAAGUGCAACUUGUGUGCAGGACAAGUCAGACCCUUCAUCUGAAAGAGCUGGAAGUAAAGAAGUGGCGUUAGAAAUGAAACAACCCACGAAAAGAGGUGCGGAAAAUGGUUUGUUGCAUAAUUUGACAAAACAUUUCUCUGAGCCACGACCUGAUGAGAACUUCGAGUUACGUUUGGAAUCAAGUCCAGAAAGCUCUCCAGUCAAGCAUCUUACAACUCCUAAACCAUCAAAACAAUUAAAAAAAGAGCCUGGAGAAUGCAACUCACAAGUUGUAGGUUUGGCUCCAAAGCAGUUGACACACACUUCAUCUACAAAUCAAACUUCUGAAACUGAGAACAGGGCUCCAUUGACAAAUCCUACAUUAACAUCAAAGUGCAGUAACUUGCUGCCAUCCGAGGAGCACAUUCAAAAGCUAAAAGAAGCAGGAAAAGAUGGUGAAAAGCAGCUGAUCAUAGAUGCAGGACAGAAGAGAUUUGGUGCUAUUUCUUGUAAUAUUUGUGGAAUGCUUUAUACUGCAUCAAAUCCAGAGGAUGAAACCCAACACCUGCUCUUUCAUAACCAGUUCAUAAGUGCUGUAAAAUAUGUGGGAUGGAAAAAGGAGAGAAUUUUGGCUGAAUAUCCCGAUGGGAGGAUAAUAAUGGUUCUUCCUGAUGACCCAAAGUAUGCACUUAAAAAGGUUGAAGAAAUUAGAGAAAUGGUAGACAAUGACUUGGGAUUUCAGCAAGCUCCGCUCAUGUGUUACUCGAGAACGAAAACUCUUCUUUUUAUUUCUAAUGACAAAAAAGUAAUUGGCUGUUUAAUUGCAGAACAUAUCCAGUGGGGCUACAGAGUGAUAGAAGAGAAGGUUCCAGAAAUUAGUUCAGAAAAUGAAAAAGUCAUAUUUGAAAGACAGAAAGCGUGGUGCUGCUCAACCUCCCCAGAGCCUGCUAUCUGUGGCAUCAGUCGGAUAUGGGUGUUCAGCAUGAUGCGUCGGAAGAAGAUUGCUUCCCGGAUGAUAGAGUGUCUGAGGAGCAACUUCAUCUAUGGCUCCUAUUUAAGUAAAGAAGAAAUUGCGUUCUCAGACCCCACUCCCGAUGGCAAACUCUUUGCGACGCAGUACUGCGGCACCGGCCAGUUCCUGGUGUACAACUUCCUCAACGGGCAGCAGCAGGCUUAGCUGCCCCUGAAGAACUCCAUUGUAGGGGGAGACUUCUGCCAAACGGACGGAAUGGGUGCAGACCUUAUGCAGAAGCCAGGGCCAUUUUUCUUACCGUGAACUCAGGACUGGUAACAACCAAAAGGUUGUACUAUUUUAUUAAAAUUGUAAACAAUGCAGUAAUAGGCUAACUUUGUUUUUGUAAAAGAAAGAUAUUUUAUUAACUUUUACAAAAGUUUGAUUGUAUUUUAUCUAGUUAGUCAUGUUUACAUGCAGCAGAAAAUUGUUCAUAGUGGACUGUAAACUAAUGCAAAGACUAUAGUCUCACUGAUGAGUACUGCUGAAGUUCUUAACGUGGUGAUAUACCAGUGCUGGGCGGAGCUGGGAGCCCCUCUCUCCCUGCCAGGUGAGGCAGCUGCAGGCUGCCUGCUUGGCAGAGCUCCCAGCCCUGCCCUGUGCCGGCGGAGCCAGGAGCACCUGCACAGCUGUGCUGGGCAGAGACCCUGUGGCUGCUGGUGAGCGUUGGGAGCACCUUUCUGCUGCCAGUGGGCCAGCCUGGCACCGAACCGUACCUAAUGGCUUUCUGGCCCAGGGCAGGCGUAGAGUAAAAGGGGGAGUGCGAAUGGCAGGGAGCGGUGUGCAAUUCGUGUUCCCUCAAGCACUGUACUGAGUAUAUGCCUUUGUUAGUGGACUUCACUUUGGUACUUGUCACUCCUUCAUAAAGCUCUCCUCUUUUAAAGGGUUUGUAUGUUGAAAAACUGCUGUGGCCUUUCUUGAUCUGUACAUAAUGUAGAUAGAUGAAAAAUAAAAUUCUUGAUAGCUUUUUCUAAAGUUACUCUA